CCUGAAGCUGGCAGCAUGGAGCCCCUCUUUCCAGCUUCCACACCCAGCUGGAAUGCCUCAGCGGCUUCCAGUGGUAGCCAUAACUGGUCACUGGCGAGCCCAGUAUCAUCGAUGGGAGCCCCAGGGAUACUCGUACCUGUGCUCUACUUGCUGGUGUGCACAGUGGGGCUGGGUGGAAAUACACUGGUCAUCUAUGUGGUGCUGCGGCAUGCCAAGAUGAAGACAGUUACGAAUGUAUACAUCCUGAACCUGGCUGUGGCUGACGUAUUGUUUAUGUUGGGGCUUCCCUUCCUGGCUACACAGAACGCCAUCUCUUACUGGCCCUUUGGCCCUUUCCUGUGCCGCCUGGUCAUGACGCUGGAUGGCAUCAACCAGUUCACCAGUAUCUUCUGCCUGAUGGUCAUGAGUGUUGACCGCUACCUGGCUGUGGUCCACCCUCUCCGCUCAGCCCGGUGGCGUCGCCCACGGGUAGCCAAGCUGGCCAGCGCUGCUGUCUGGGUCUUCUCACUGCUCAUGUCUCUGCCACUCUUGGUCUUUGCUGAUGUCCAGGAGGGCUGGGGCACCUGCAACCUGAGCUGGCCGGAGCCCGUGCAGCUGUGGGGUGCAGCCUUCAUCACCUACACGUCUGUGCUGGGCUUCUUUGGGCCCCUGCUGGUCAUCUGUUUGUGCUACCUGCUCAUUGUGGUGAAGGUAAAGGCCGCGGGCAUGCGUGUGGGCUCUUCCCGGCGACGGCGCUCAGAGCGCAAGGUGACUCGCAUGGUGGUGGUGGUAGUGCUGGUGUUCGUGGGCUGCUGGCUGCCUUUCUUCAUUGUCAACAUCGUCAACCUGGCCUUCACGCUGCCUGAGGAGCCUGUCUCGGCCGGCCUCUACUUCUUCGUGGUGGUCUUGUCUUAUGCCAACAGCUGUGCCAACCCCCUGCUCUAUGGCUUCCUCUCUGAUAACUUCCGCCAGAGCUUCCGGAAGGUUCUGUGCCUACGUAGAGGAUAUGGGAUGGAGGAUGCAGAUGUCAUAGAACCACAGCCAGACAAGAGUGGGCGGCCACAGGCCACACUGCCCACACGCAGCUAUGAGGCCAAUGGGCUCAUGCAGACCAGCAGGCUUUGA